CGCCCACAGUGAAUUCCUCAGUUUGUUUUAAAGGCAAAAGGGGAGUGAGAGAGAUUGAUAAAAGACCUUCGCAAAAGCGAGGGAGGGUGAUGAUAUCUGAGAGUUGUCGGAUCAUUCUACCACCCCAUCCAGUCAGUGUCACUGCAGCAUUGUUCCAUAUUUAGCUGCCGACAACUGCCUCUAGGACUGGAACUCCCAACUCCCUUUUUUCUCUCUCUCUGCCAUCUCUGAUCCCUGCACUGGUCUCAAAAAAUUGCUCCUUCUCUUUCCUCGCGGUCUGAACCCGGUGCACCAGCACCCGAGAGGAUGGCUGAAAACCAGGAAGAGCCCAGCGACACUCAGACUGGUGAGGAGCAGCCUGAAAAUGCAGAGGAGUCUGAGGAGAAGAAGAAGAAGGAGCUGGAGAAACUGCCGCCCUUUGAAAUCGUGGGAGGGGAGCGCUUCCCAGCCUUCUUUUUCAAAUUCCAGUUCAGGAACGUGGAAUACAGCUCAGGCAGGAACAAGACUUUCCUAUGUUAUGUUGUGGAGACCCAAGGCAAAGAGUCGGGGAGCUUUCGGGGUUAUCUGGAGGAUGAGCAUGCAGCAGCCCAUGCUGAGGAUGCUUUCUUCAAUAACAUCUUGCCCACAUGCGAUCCCAACCUGCGCUACAAUGUCACCUGGUAUGUCUCCUCCAGCCCAUGUGUGCCCUGUGCUGACCGGAUAGCGCAGAUACUGCAGAAGAACAAGAACCUGCGCCUCUCCAUCCUGGUAAGCCGCCUCUUCAUGUGGGAGGAGCCGGAGAUGCAGGCGGCGCUGAAGAAACUGAAGACAUCUGGAUGCAAACUGAAGAUUAUGAAGCCUCAAGACUUUGAGUAUAUCUGGCAGAACUUUGCAGAGCAGGAAGAAGGAGAGGCAAAGGCCUUCGAGCCCUGGGAGGACAUUCAAGAGAACUUCCUGUAUUACGAAGAGAAAUUAUCAGAGGUUUUGCACUGAGGCCCAUGCCAGUGAGGAUUUCAGUUUGCUCAUUUAGCUUCUUGCUUUAAUGGUAGACACUCAUCUCUGUUGUUUCUCAUCUGUGACUACAACUCUGCCUAGGUCUGACAGUACAUGAUCAUAGUGAACUUCGCCUUAGUAGUACCUUACCCACUGCAGCUAGCAAUCCAUUACUGUGAUCUCCCCCACAAUAGGGCAUGUAGAGGCAUACUGAGCUCUCUUCCUUCCAGGGACUGGUCAGUACCUCUAGGAAUUUCACCCCUCCGCCCCAAAUCACUUUUCAUUAGGAAACAAAGGGCAGGGUCAUUAGAUAGAAAAGAAUGGAACGUUCUUGCUCUAAGUGGGUGAUGUUUGCGCAUCUAAUGGAACUGGAAAGAGGAGGCGGUAGUGGUUCUAGUCCCCUAGAAAUAUAUCAAAGGAGGUAUAUUAUAGCAUAUCAUCCAUCCCUUCUGCCAUACACAAAGAUUGAGGAGUCCAUAACUAAUUUUGAGCAACAAAGCUCUGAAACAUCGGAAGCUGGUAACAUGUCUCUCUCUCAUUUCUCCAGGGCCAGCUUGUAAGAGAUCUGUCACCCAGAGGAGAGACAGGCAUGGCAGACUUGGACAUCUGGGACAUGCCUUCAGCUUUUCAGAGCUGCUUUGAGUCAGGCAGGAUGCAACAAAAACCUUUAGCAGACAUAGCCCUGAUGGACUCAGACUACAUUUACCAUGUAGCAUUUAGACAUUUUGUUUUUUAAUUUUUAAAAUAAACAUGCACUGUCUUUGUUAGCAGGACAGGAGAAGGCUGUGUGCUGUGCUUAACGACAUGAAUGCAGUAGACUUCAGAGGACUGGCAGGAAAGAGAGCAGGCCCCACAUAUUGGGGCAGUUUUAGCAUUAAAAAAAA